AUGGCGAACACUGCCCAGUGCUUUUAUUGCUUUGAAAGCCUUUUGGCCUCUUUUGAAGACCGCGAGCCUCCUUCCUUGACUGCUAUAGAAACCCUCUGGGAGCAGCAUGAGCAAUCCAAGAAGCUCUCGCGCCUCGGAGAUCAAGAUUUGGAGGAGGAGGGAGAGGACGCAGAUGUUGACGCGGGGCUAGCUAAGGCUGUAGAUGACCUUGACGCUGAUGCCGACGCCAUACAGUCCUCCAGGACUACUAAUCGGCCACAUGGCCUGAAACUACCAAGCAUUAACCGGCUACAGAGUCAGGUGUCGUCUGACUCGUCCAGCACAGCCACGACUCCUUCUUGUGCAUCCAACACUUCUUCGAACUCGACUCUGUCUGGUAGCACGACUGUAACGACUCCAAGUGCACAAUCAGAGGGAACAAGCUCAAGGGCCAAAUCUGCUGAGCAGCGAUAUCCGCUGUUUGUGACAUGGAAUACCGUCUCUCGUGGACACAAGUCUCUACGAGGGUGCAUAGGAACAUUCGAAGCACAGGACCUCGCAGCGGGACUGAACUCCUAUGCGUUGACUUCGGCUUUUGAUGAUACUCGCUUCUCUCCGAUUCCUCAGUCUCUCCUACCCUCACUUUCAUGCUCCCUGACCCUCCUGGGUUCAUUCGAGCCAUGUACCAACGCUAUGGACUGGACCCUCGGUACCCACGGCAUCCGAAUAUCUUUCAUCCAUCGUGGCCGUCGGUACGGUGCCACGUACCUACCCGACGUUGCCGUGGAACAAGAAUGGACGAAAGAGGAGACUGUCGAGAGUCUGAUGCGCAAAGCAGGCUGGGACGGCGGUGCGGGUGGUGUCGCUCGGCGAUUUCUGCGCACUGGGACAAACUCUAGCGGCACCAAGCCUUGGGAUCAAGUCUCUGAUUUCCGCACAGUUAGGUAUCAGGGCCUCAAGGCUAGUGCAAGUUAUGAGGAGUGGCAGGAGUGGCGGACGUGGGUGCUUUCGCUAGAUGACGGGCGGGAGAUUCUGGUAUCGGUUUGA